UUAUGUUCUACACCUCUGGGAAAUCAUCAGUUUUCCCCUGUUUUUGCCUCUUUGUCUAGACUUGUUAUAAAGAUGGCCCAAAGGUAUUCUAUUUUAUUGGUCCUGGGUAAACAAAAUUCUUGUGUGUCAACAUUUUCCACUAUUUUUAACAUGUUUUGAUUGUAAGUUCAGCAUGGUCCAUAAAGAGUAUUUAUUUUGUCUUGUAUGGAUUUUUGUUCUUAAACUAUCCUACUACUUUUGUCCCUUGAAUUCUGAGAUGAUGGUACCAUGAAUUCUAGGGUGUGGCUGGGAGUAUAAGCUUGAGAGAGGUGCAAUACUUACAAAUUAACAAAUUUUACGUUUUAUCAAUUUGUAUAUAUACAUAUGGAAAUUAUUAACACAUUAUACUAACAUAUUGUAGGUGUCAGAUGCAUCUAGUGGGCAACAACCUUCAAAAGAAAAUGAAUAGGAAGUUCCUUAGCUUUCAGGUUGAUAACUUGGAAUUUCUGAGGGAAAUGAGGAUCAACCCAAUAAAGGUUGCCAAAGCAUUAGUGGAAGUGUUUGCUGAAAUGAUUUUGAUGAAUAUGGGUGCAAGGUGUUAUGCCAGUUCAUUGAUAGAGUGGAGAAACACCCGAGCAAGAAAAUUGAUGAGAAGAUUGGCCAGUUCUGGAUUGUAUUUUUUUCAUAAAAGAACUUUUUUCAAGUUUUUAGUUGUAAUAACUUUUACAUGUAGCUCAAAUUUUGAGACUCAAAUAGAAUGUUCAAUAAAACUAUAAUGAUAUACUGUCUGAAUUCUUGUCA